AUGGUGAAAGUUCUUGACUACGAUAUUGAUGUGUUUGCCGAGGAUGUUAACGGGAUUCCUGUUGUAACUCUGACCCUCCAACCCGAGGCCACUGAGACAUGCUUUGAUGUCAACAUUGUAGACGAUGCUGUGUUUGACGGGGAGAGUGAAAGUCCCGUUGAGCAGGUGACCUUCUCCUACUCGAGCUCCUCCCCCAUAGUGGCCAGAGUCAACCUCCGUCAUAGACUAAUCAUCCUGGAUAAUGAUCGUAACUGCACGGCUGACGCUGGAUUGGGUAGUCGUGUGUGUACCAACACGGAGACACUCAGUGUUGACUGCAUUCCUCCGACUCAAGUAUGUGACUUCAACACCGCUGAUUGUCCCGAUGUGUCCGAUGAACUCAACUGUCCAUCUCCACUUGAGUAUGUUGUCCCCGGAACAAUAUCAGAGGAAACGUACACCAACGUCAGUGAGGUCGUUUCAUCCUUUACUACCCUCUCCGAGAACAGGACGUUCCUUCAGACCAUGCAGUUUCUCAAUGAUGUGUUCACUGUGUUCAACAGCAUCGCUAACUUUACUGACACCACCAUUGUACCCAUCAAUGAAUUGGUGGUGAUACAUUUGAGUCAGACUUUGAACUCCCUCGUCCAAUGGCAGCCCUCCAAUCUUGAGGUCGACACUACCUCCAGCAUUGUUGAAUCAUUUGAGGAGGUGGCAACACGAUUUGCACAACAGUCCAACCUCACUGUGGAAUUCACAGAUGUCACAAUCAUCGUUGAACUGGGUGCCGCUAAUUUAUAUUUGAGAGAAGGAAGAAUGGAAGAGUUCACCGUUAGAGCUGGAGUCCCUGCCUCCAUCGCACUCCCACCCGAGCUCUUCAACCAGGUACCAACUGACAGACUCUUCAUCGGUGUGUACUUUGCACUCUACGAAAACACGGCUCUUUUCCCGACAAACAUGUCAGCUGUAGUGAGGAACAACGUAACUAGGUCCGUGGGUACUCCUAUUGUGGCUGCUACCGUGGGACCUGGUAUUGACUUUGGUGGCGAUGUUCCCCUCGAUCCUCCCGUGGUUAUCACACUAGGCCUGCUACCUCUACCGGAGAACACAAGUGCUAACCCCAGCACUGCUCGCUGCGUAUCUUGGGACUUUGUCAGUGAUAGUUGGAUCACCGAUGGCUGUACCACUGAAGUGGUGAAUGAAACCAUUUUCCGUUGCAGCUGCACCCAUCUCACCAACUUUGCUGUGCUCAUUGACAUUUGCCAAAGAGCUCAGGACUGUGUGAGUAACGAGACAAUAGAUACUUUGCUCUCCUUCAUAAGCUACAUCGGCAUAGCGCUGUCUUGUAUAGGACUGGUGAUUACAAUCAUCACUAUGACAAUGUUCAAAAAACUGAGGGAGAGGGACAACUCCAAGUACCACAUCCAGCUGUCCAUAGCCAUCCUGUGCAUGCUCGUUGUGUUUGCUGUGGGUAUUGAACGUAUCGAGGUGUACGGAGGCUGUGUGUUUGUGUCCAUCCUCAUCCACUACUUCUCUCUGGUAUCCGUCAUGUGGAUGGGGGCAGAGGCCUUGCUCAUGUUCCAGAAACUAGUUAUAGUUUUCAUGGCUAUCACGACCAAAUUUAUCGUUAUUUUAUCUCUAGUUUGUUGGUUGUUCCCUUUGAUUCCCGUCUUCAUCCCGAUGAUCAUUGAUCUGGCUGAUGGUAUGACACCCGAGACAGACCUCAUCAUCACUAGGAAUGUGGACUCCAUCACCGGAGAUGUCACUGGAGGAAUCUGUUUCCUCAAGCAUCCUGGUGUGUUCUUUGGUGCUUUCCUGGCUCCUAUAUUUGCUGUUCUCCUCUUAAACCUGGUCAUCUUCAUCUGGGUCAUUGUCAUCCUCCUGAAACACACUCGCGGAAACAUGAAGAGAUCAAAUCAAAAAAUGAGUUUCAAAACUUCUCUUCGACUACUCGUGAGCAUCUCAGGUGUCAUGUUCCUGUUUGGCCUUACCUGGCUCUUUGCUGCACUCACUAUCAAUAUCAAUGGUAGCAACGCUGUUCGAACAGUCUUCCAAAUUUUUUUCGCUGUCUUCGCAUCGUUCCAAGGAUUCUUUGUAUUUCUGUUCUUUGUUAUCUUUAAUGGAGAAGCUCGGGAAUCAUGGAGAGAGUUUCUGUUUUGUGGCCGCUACAAGUCCGAGCUCCUCUACCCCUCACAGUAUAAGAACACAAGCUCCACAGGAACAGGCACUCAUACACUCAAGGCAAACAAGAGCUCCAUAGGCAGAUUAUAUAUGCACAGUAAUUACAACGCCGUUAAUCUCGAUUCCAAAACCAGCCCACUCUCGGAGAAAAUAAAUGGUGAAAAUCAAAUGGAUACUCUACUAACGCCUACGAGUCAAGUAAAACUAGCUGAAGAAGGUGUGUUUAACUUCAGUCACCCCGAUAUCGUUGUCGAGAGUCGAGUGGACGGAGAUGACGAUGAAGAUAUGACACCUCCAAAUUGGUCAGACGCUAAGCUUAUUUCCAAGGCCAGGGUCAAGCGCUACUCUACAAAGAGGGCCUCUAAGCAUCACGUUGAAGAGUACGAGAUAGACUUUGAAGAUGGAGACAGUGAUAACCAAGAAGUGCCUGAAGCUAAAUAGAAAACUUAACUUAACUUGAAUCAUCGUACAUACAAAUGAUUGUGCAUGUGUUAAUAUCAUCGUAGUAAUAGCGAGCUGAGCUGCAUGUGUAUAGC